UUUAGUUACAGACAGACCAAGCAAAUUGAGGAAGAAGAGUGAAGAGACACUGAGCUUUAUAAACGUGGCGUAAAAUGAGUGCGUCGAGGUUCAUAAAGUGCGUGACAGUCGGUGACGGUGCCGUUGGCAAGACUUGUAUGCUUAUUUCCUACACCAGCAACACUUUUCCUACGGACUAUGUGCCAACUGUCUUUGACAAUUUUAGCGCAAACGUGGUUGUGGAUGGAAGCACUGUUAAUCUAGGGUUAUGGGAUACUGCAGGCCAGGAAGAUUACAAUAGAUUAAGACCUUUGAGCUAUCGCGGGGCAGAUGUGUUCCUGCUUGCAUUCUCUCUCAUUAGCAAGGCCAGCUAUGAAAAUGUUGCUAAGAAAUGGAUUCCUGAAUUGAGGCACUAUGCACCUGGUGUUCCAGUUAUUCUUGUUGGGACAAAGCUUGGUUAGAUACCACUACUCCCCAUUUCGUCUAUGUUAAGAUUACGUUACUAGCUGUUACUAUUGGU